AUGUUCGGCCGUCGCAAAAGGAGCUCCUCUCAUCAUCAUCAGCCACUCUCCACACCCGCAGCACAUUCAGCGCAGUCCGCAGCGAGCCAUGCCUUCCUGAAGUCACAACCGUCGUCCAACAGCCUCUCCUCUGCGGCGGCUGCGGCCGCGCUACGGAAUCUCACACCAACCCCGACGAAUGUUGAAGAUGUGCAGACCAAGCGCAUGGUCCAGCGACGGGCCUCGACACAAUCGCCGGCCAGCCCGAUGCAUGGCCGUCGCUCGGCGAGUGUUGGUGGUGGAACCCUCCGCAGGUCUAACAGUUCCAGCUCAAUGACCGCCAGAACAUUCCGGGAUUCAUCGCCGAGUCGCCCGUCCACAAGCUCCGGCGCCUCUGUACCCCAGACUCUGCCCGUCGAUGUCCCUCCGUUGCCGUCGCUGCCUAGCCAGUAUGCUCCGAGAAAGCUUGCUCCGCGCCGUGCCGCUAGCCUCGAGCCAUCCAUGCGAUCUCCACCGGCAUCCCCACCACGAGCAAACACACGAGGAUUGAGUGUAGAUCGGGAGAGUGCCUCGGGGUCGCCCACACAUACCCGCCUUCAAAGCUUGACAACAGUGCCAGAGUUGGAUCGCCCGAGUAGCCGAAACUCGGUCAAUUUCUCUUAUCCAAGGGGCUCGCGACCGAAUUCACCCACUCUUCCGGAGAAUCAACCUAUAAGUCUUGGAGGGACUGCUGUCCGCGAUGUAUCAUCGGUGGAAGUGGCCAGCGCUCAGCAGGCCCUUUCUCGGAUGUCGGAGAAACCGGUCAACGCGAGGUCAAAAGCAUCGGCAGUGGGGCGCUCCGAGGCAAGUCCUGCAAACAAGUCAGCUGGACUUGCAGCUGGUACUGCUAUCGCUGCCGCUCAAGCAGUUAGCGCGCAGAAGAGCAGCCCUCGGCCAGAGCCGGAUCAUGCAAGGGCUACGCGAACAGACCCUGGACCUUCGGCAACUAGCCCGCAGAGGCCGAAGGUCGAGCACUCGCGACCAAAUACGACAUAUAGCUCUGACACCGAGCAUUCUUCCUCCCGAACAGUCCCGAAUCAAUGGCCCUCCGGUGUGCCCGACCACGAGUCCCAAAUCCAGGAUGAUAUUGACAUCUCCCGCACUCGGGACGCCAGCAAGAAAUUGGCUAAUGCCUCUGUACCAACCGAUCAUCAUGAACCCAUUGCCACCCCACAAAGGACGCCUCAAGUAACACCACAUGCAUCACCGAACGCAGAAAAACAACCGACACCUCAGCAAGAAGCCCACCUCGAACAAUCCAGCAGCCCUGGCCGAUCGGCGCGAUUUGCUAAGUGGCUUUCUGUGACGGCAACGGGCGAACAAGUUCACGAGCCUCCACCAAGAUCACUUUCUCCCGUCAAAUCGGCCCUCAAAACUACACGUGGGAAUUCAUUGUCUCCAGAGAGGGCCGCCGCUGGCCGAGUUGGUCUGACCAACAGUGAACUGUCCGAUGGUGGCACCUCGAUUGCAUCUGAUGAGGGACCCCGGGUGGGUGUCAAGAAGCGAGCUGUUAAGCAGCCAGCCCCCCCAACAUCGCCAGAGGAGUAUGUUCCCGAGUCUCCACCAUCCAAAUCCAAGACUCGCAAGAAUUGGUUCAACGUGGUGAAGAAGAAGUCCCCGGCAGCCGAGUUCAUCACCAACGACGACGACUUUGAUGAUGUCAUGAAACCUCGACCCGCGCUUCCAUCGUUUGGCAGUGUUCGCGGGAAUCGAAAUGGAGGACCUGCCCGACCACCGAUCCCGAAUUUCAGUGACAAUGAAUCCACUAGCUCAUCUGAGGAUGAAGCCACCGCACCUUUCACAUCCUUCUCAAAUGACCAUGCCCUUGCAGGGAUUCUUCACCACGAACAGCAGGAGCCCUCGCAACCUCACGAUAGCAAAUCUGUGGAACGAAUGUCAAUAAUUGGAUCCGCCCCAUCUCAACAAGAUGCAGCUCCAGCCGAUAGGUUAGAUGGCGUGGCGAAUGGUGGUAUUGCUGAACAGCAACCGCACCCCAGUACUGAUUCUCAGCUACCUCCGCCUUCGAUUGCCGUGGAGCCUGCAACGCCUCCUGUUGACGAGCGCAAGAGUUUCGAUGUCCAGCGAUCAUCUCGAUCAUCUCUUGAGAAGUAUCAAAUCCCUGGUGGCUUCCCGCCAUCCAACUCGGAUCGGAGCCUUAAAUCUGCGACCGAAGCCCAGACUACCAAGAACCAGCCCGUGGCAAGCGCAAUUCCGAAUUUGGAUGAGGCGAAUAAAGACUAUAGCGACAGCAUCUAUACUGAGAGUGACCAUGACAGUAUCUAUAGUGAUGCUCCCGAGGACCCUGAGGACGGGGAUGGGUUUGGGUCAAUCAAUGCUAUUGUCGACAGUCGAUCAAUUCCCAGAUCAGCACCGCUGGAGCCGAUCGCCGAGAGUCGCGAUACUACACCAAGGCCUACGGAACGGACUGCAGUCGUCGAAAAUGACCCACAAAAUGCAAUCGAUCCAUCCGAAAUCGAUCGCUUCGCAACGCCGUCGGAAGAGCUGGUGAGCCGCCAGUCAGAGAAAGCAUCCCCGCCUGAAUCUCCAAUGAAUCUGCAAACACCUUACCCUCCUUUGUCGAUCGACACCCAGGCCCGACCAUCAAAUGUCUCAGACUUGCAAGAUCCUCGCUAUUCUGGCCAUACAAACGGUACUGGAAAUGGCAAACCUCGCCCGCUUUCUCUGGGCCCAGCUUUCCAGGCGCGAGGCCCAGGCCUUCGGCGUACAACGUCGAGUGGCAGUGAUUCAUCUAGUAGCUUCAAGCGUGCCAACUCUUCUACUCGAAGUGACGGCCCCCAUGCGAUGCGGCGGACUAUGAGAGGCAGUGCUGCAAAUGGUCAGCCGUCAUCUCCUUCGGCCAGGACGGAGUCCCCAAUUGAUCACCGGCCGCUUUCAUCUGGAUCCACGUCCGCGACUACUAUGAGGAAGACGCUCCGCAGCCCAGGUGCUGGUGGUGAGAAGUAUUCAUUCUUCUCCACGAACAAAAAGGCACCACGAGCGCGAUUUACUAAGCCAAUUCCCAAAGGGAUUCAAGGAACCCGAUUCGCAGAUUCGGACGAUGAGCGUGGCCAAGAUGAGCCUCAAGUCUUUCGCAGUCGUUUUGCAGAUUCCAGCGAUGAAGGAGAAGAACCCAACAAUGCCAUGCGACCUGUCCGUGGAAUCCCACGCCGCAGAGGUACAAAUGAUGGCGAUUCGACCGAAUUGGAGGACAGCUCGGAAGGAGAGCGUCACCAACACCCUCCUCAGGUGGGCGCAUCUCUCCUCAGACCCAUCCCGCCACGUUCUCGCGAUCGAAAUGUUGCGUCGCCGAACAUGUCUGGUAUGGCCGCCGUGGCGCGCCAGCGCGGCAUGACGCAACGAGAACUAGAGGAAUUCAUCAUGCAGCCCCCGCAGAGUCGCAAACCAUCUAUCCUCGCCCGACUCGGCUUGAAAAAAGGCAAGAACACAAACAACCGUAUCAGCAAGGUGGAUGCCGAAAGCCCGUCCCGAAGGGAUACGCCCCUCGAACGGUCGCGGCUGGAACGCGACCAGCUGCGAGAAGAGCCUUAUACGAAUGGAGUUCAGACGGGUAACCAGACAACCGUGACUGCAACGCACUCGGAGGCCCCGUCUUCGCCUAAGUUGAUGAAGAGGCUCACUAAACGGAACACUAUUGGAGGUGGUCAGCAAUGGCCACUUCGUCCCGAAGCCCAGCCACGAACGUAUACUCCCGAACCAGUCGUUGAGCCAAGUCACAGUCUCCCAUCAUCGCCUUUGCAAACGCAAAAAAUAGAGCCGGUGGCCGAACCAGCAGGACGCAACGGAAGCAUUACUGUCAAUGGCGGCAAUGCGCUGGGGACAACCUCCGUUCUUAAAGAGCCCGAAGCACCCUCAGUCGCAGCCGGUCCAGAUAUCAACGACGCUGCCUCCGAUAUCACGAGCACGACGAAUCCCGAGGAUCAGGGUGCUACAGUCCGGGACGUGGUGAUUGCCGGACCGGGACGAAAGAAGCGAUUCCCGAUGCUUCGCAAGGCUUUUGGAUUACGAAAAUGA